AUGGAUGAUAAAAGUGGCAGGUUAAGAAAGAAACGGGGAGUAUUGAGAACAUCUGUUAUUAAAAUUUGUAAAACUAUUGAAACAGAACUAACGAAAACAGAUGUAAAUGUCGAUAUGUUAGAAGAAAUGUUAGAGCAGCUUGCGGUUGAGUCAAGUGAAUUAAAGAAUCUACAUUCACAAAUUGAAGAAUUCGUUUCCGAGGACAAAUUAGAAAAAGAAGUAUCGGAAUACACCCAAAAAAUUAUAACUUGGAAAUUUAGAGCGACCAAAAAAAUACGCGAACGAACAAAAAAUGUUGAUUCUUUGAUAGUUCCAAGUUCCUGUUAUAAAGAAUCAUCGAACAUGAAAUUGCUAAAACUUGCGAUAUCUAAAUUCUACGGGCAAUCAAGUUUAAGGCUUUCAUUUUGGAACUCCUUUGAAUCAGCCAUACAUGAAAAUGAUCCAUUAAGUGAAGUCAGUAAAUUUAAUUACUUAAAAGCACACCUAGGUGGUUCUGCCCUUAGUACCAUAGAAGGAUUUGCGUUAACAUCAGAAAAUUACGAAAUCGCCAUAAAAUUACUUAAAGAACGCUUCGGAAGAUCAGAUGUUCUCAUUAAUACCCAUUUGAAUAAUUUACAGCGUAUCUGCCCAUUAAAGAACUCAGAUGAUAUUCAUUUCUUACCUCACCAUCCUGUCUUCAAGGAGAAUUCGACGACCAAAGUUCGACCCGUUUUUGAUGGUUCAGCUAAAGAAAAGAAUACACCUUCUAUUAAUGACUGCCUCGAAAAGGGACCAAAUCUUGUAGAACUCAUUCCAUCUCUCAUAAAUCGCUUUCGUGUUGAAAGAUAUGGAGUGAUAUCUGACAUCAAGAAGGCCUUUCUGCAAAUUGGAUUACAAGAACGAGAUAGACCAUAUCUCAGAUUUUUAUGGAAGGAUAGAAGAAAAGACGGAAAUAUCAAGAUCCUGCAGCACAAAAGAGUUGUGUUCGGAAUCUCCUCCAAUCCUUUCCUUCUAGGAGCUACAUUAGAACUUCAUUUAAAAAACGCCCCAGAUCAUCUCAAGGAAACAGCCCAGCAACUUAUGAGGUCCUUCUACGUUGAUAAUUGUGUUUUCAGCGUCAAAAGAAAAGAAGAACUCGCUAGAUUUAUUUCGGAAUCACAAGCACUAUUAUCUACUGCCAAGUUUGAACUUCGAGGGUGGGAGCAUUAUCCUACUGAAGACAAAACUGAAGAAAGGCAAGAAGACCGAAAGGUUCCAGUUCUUGGGCUUCUGUGGAAUUUACCAAAGGACACUAUAUCUCUAGAUUUGAAAAGUUUGAUGAAAGAAGAUAAAGGACCUAUUACAAAAAGAAAAAUCCUGUCAACCGUUCAUCGAAUCUUUGAUCCGAUAGGAUUUUCUUGUCCAGUGACUCUAGAGCCCAAAUCUUUGUUGCAGGAAUGCUGGAAAUUGGCGCUGUCCUGGGAUGCUAAACUCCCUCUGCUGAUAACUGAAAUAUUCGAACGCUGGAAGAUGAAGUUACCGAAAUUGAAUGAUCUUGAAAUACCAAGAUGUGUACGUGAGGACUUUGCAGAAGAUUCCAGAUUUUCCAUCCAUGUUUUUUGUGACGCAAGUCAGAGUGCCUACGCUACAUGUAUCUUCUUGAGAGCUGAAUCUGCUGAUAGCACGUCGUGCCAGUUAAUACAAGCUAGAAAUAGAGUUGCUCCUUUGAAAAAGAUCUCUAUUCCACGCCUAGAACUUUUGUCCUGCACUAUUGGAGCUAGAUUGGCAAAAGCAACCAUAUCCGAACUUGGACUUGAGAACAUACCAAUCUUCUACUGGUCUUACUCUAUGAAUGCUUUGUAUUGGAUCAAAAGAAAUGAGAAUUGGGCCACGUUCGUUUACAACAGGGUACUGGAAAUCCGUAAACUCACUAAUCCUGAAGAUUGGAGGCAUAUAAGUGGAACAUUAAACCCAGCUGACCUUCCAACACGAGGUUCCAAUGCAGAGGAACUUGUGAAAUCUCUUUGGUGGAAGGGUCCAAAUUGGCUGAGAAUGCCUAUAGAAGAUAGGCCUGUUUCGGAAACUAUGCCAGAUUUCGACGUUGUAAACUCCGAAAAAAGAAAAUCUAUUGUGUCUGUCACUAACACCACGACAGAGCAAUUAGAGUACUUUUCUAAGACAUUCCUGGAUUCAGAUGGUUUAUUAAGAGUAAAGACCAAAAUUUCUCAAAGAAGUGAUCUACCGACAUUUAGAUUUCCAAUUUUGCUGCCUUCAAAGCAUGAUGUUAUUGGAAAACUUAUUUUUGAAAAGCAUGUUGAACUUAGUCAUGCUGGGAUACAGAUUUUGUUGUCGAGUUUAAGAGAGAAUUAUUGGAUCUUAAAAAGCAGGAAGACAAUACGUCAAGUAAUAAGGACUUGUGUAAUAUGUCAACGUUUUUCAUCUCGGCCAUUAGAAGUAGCAAGUGCUCCACUACCCGAAGAUCGCGUCAGAGAUGCUUAUGUUUUUGAAGUAGUAGGAGUUGACUUGUGCGGACCACUAUAUUUGAAAAACAAAACCAAAUGUUGGGCUGUACUUUUUACAUGCGCAGUUUAUCGCACAGUCCAUAUCGAGCUGGUAACUAGUUUAUCAACAGAUAGUUUUAUUCUAGCUUUACGAAGGUUUAUUUCUAGAAGAGGAAGACCAGCUACAAUUUAUUCAGAUAAUGGAACCAACUUAGUGGGUACUUCUAAUGAGCUGAAAUCUGUUGAUUGGGUGAAAAUACAAGAAUAUGCCUCAGUAAAGAAAAUCCUAUGGAAAUUCAACCCCCCAUCAGCCCCAUGGUGGGGCGGAUUUUGGGAAAGGCUUAUAGGUAUGUUGAAAUCUAUCUUAAGAAAAAUUCUUGGAAAGGCCUCCUUACAAUUUGAAGAAUUGUACACUGUACUAUGUGAUGCUGAGGGCAUUAUAAAUUCAAGACCUUUGACAUACUUAAGUGAAGACAAUGAGGACCUUAUAGCAUUAAUACCUGCUAUGUUUUUGCAAGAUGUAAAAGAAAUAGGAGUUCCAGAUAUAGAUCAAAUAGAUGCUAAGAGAAUGAAUAAAAGAUUCUUCUACAGGCAAAAAUUAUGUCAAGAUCUCAGAAAGCGUUUCAGAAUCGAAUAUCUUGGACAUCUUAGAGAAUUUUCAAAGAUUCGUAAUGAAUCUAAAAUUAAAGAAGGAGACAUUGUUCUCAUCAGUGAUAGUAACGUCAAGCGAAUAAAUUGGCCUUUGGGAAGAGUUAUCAAAUUAUAUCUUGGAAAAGACAAGAAAGUUCGUCUCGUGGAAGUCCAGACCAAAUCUGGGUCUUUCCUACGUCCAAUCCAGGGACUUUUUCCUCUUGAGAUCAGCCAAAGUGAAAAAUCUGCUAUCCCAUCUCUCCCAAAGAGUGAUUCUCCGUCCACAACGAUGAUUCCUGAUGGUACACCUACCUCUAGUGACUCUCAUGCUGUUCCAGAUGUGAGACAACCAAGAAGAUCCCGUUAUGGCCGGCUUUUAAAGCCCAAUGUUCUCCUGGACUCAUUUGUUUGA